GGAAGUAGCAUGCACUUGCGUAAAUAUCACACACAAUGUGUCCAUUUCUGAUCCAUACGCACAUGUAGCAUGGGCCUGUAUAUAUGGAUGGGAAAGAUGCAAGUAUUACUUCCACCUUGUACUACUCACGAGAAGCCGAGGCCCGUGUGUCGAAAAAAAGCUUAGGCCCAUACGGACGAAGCGAACCGACGUAUGACAAACUUGCGUAAAAAAAAAGCCCAGCCUGGUUCAUACGGCCCAAAGACGGUUCGAUUCACCUCCAGACCGAUACGGAUUCGUUUCUCAAAACAAAAAAAAGGAUGCUGUACCUGUAUGUUUUCCUACUUCGACUAGAAAUCGCAUUGAGGGAGACAGAGACGGCGUCCAUAUAUUAAUCGCCAGCCAGCAGCAGCAAGCUGACAACAUCGACCGAUCAAAAGCAGCAUAGCCGACGACGACGAUGAAGGGAUACGCGCACCGUUUGCUCGGCCUCCACCGCGCCGUCAAGGAAAGACUCGUCGCCGGCCUCCUCCGCCGCCCAUCACCGACGACGACGGCGGCGGCAAUGGCAGCACCGGUCGUCAUCGAGACCACCGUGGCGGCUGCGAUACUGGACGCGGACGCGCUGCUCCUGGCAGGGAAGACGACUCCGGCAGCGCUGUUCCCGCCCUUCUUCCUCGUGGCCGUCGAGGCCGGGAGCUUCGCGCGCGGGCUGCUGCUGCUGGCGCUCUACCCGUUCCUGCACUUCGUGAAGCUCGAGGCCUGCGCGAGGGCCAUGGCCAUGGUGGCCUUCUGCGGGCUCCGCCGGGACGAGGCGGCCCGCAUCGGCAGGGCCGUGCUGCCCAGGCACUUCUCCCGCUCCACGUCCAUCCCCUCGCCGGCGCCGGAGAAGAUGACGGCCGCGGUGAGCUCGUCCUUCCCGACAGUCAUGGUCGAGGCGUUCCUCAAGGAGUACGUCGGGUUCGACGCCGUGGUCGGCAGAGAAGUCCGCAAAGCAGGGCAGCACUACUACUCGGGCUUCAUGGAAGAAGACGACUCCGCGGAAAAGGAGGCGAGAUUCAUGGCCGCGACAAAGGGAGCAGCAGAGAAAUCGAAAUCUGAGAAUAAUAAUCGGGGGAGCCAGCAAUGUUACCCGAAGCCGAUGGUGUUCCACGACGGGCGUCUCGCCUUCACGCCGACCCCGGCGCGCGCGCUCGCCAUGUACGCCUACCUCCCGCUCGCCGUCUUCCUCGCCGCCGUCCGCAUGGCCAUCUACACUCUCCUCCCCCGCCGCCUCAUCAACCCCGCCGCCGCCCUCGCCGGCGUCCGCGUCAUCGUCACCAGCUCCGGCAAUAACACCACCUCCACCACCUCCAAAACCGGCAAUGGCGGCGGCCGUCUCUACGCCUGCAACCACCGGACCCUCCUGGACCCGAUCGCCAUCGCCAGCGCGCUCAACAAGCCGGUCUCUGCCGUGACCUACAGCCUGAGCCGGGUCUCGGAGCUCCUCUCGCCGAUCCCGCUGCUCCGACUAACCCGCCGCCGCGAGGAGGACCGGGCCCGGAUGUCAGCCCUGCUGGCCCGCGGCGACGACGUGGUGGUGUGCCCCGAGGGCACCACGUGUCGCGAGCCCUACCUGCUCCGCUUUAGCCCGCUCUUCGCUGAGCUCGCCGACGAGGUCAGCCCCGUCGCCGUCGACGAGAAGUCGGCCGUCUUCUACGGCACCUCCACGUCUCCGGGGGCGAAGUGCUUGGACUCGGUGUAUUUCUUGAUGAACCCCAGGCCGGAGUACUCGGUGAGGUUCCUGCAGCCCGUGCGCACCGGAGGCGGGAAGAGUAGCAUCGAGGUGGCCAAUACGGUGCAGGGCGCCAUUGCUGACGCGCUUGGGUUCCAGCCCACGGCGAUGACCAGGAAGGACAAGUACUUGCUGCUCGCCGGGAACGAAGGGGUCGUGCCAACCAAAGCCUAAGCUCUUUUUUCUUCGGUACAACUGGCAGUGUCGUGUAAAGAUGUUUAGAAUCAAAUCAAAGAUGUUCAUCAGACCAAAUUUUACAGUUAGAGCAAGUGUAUGUAGAGAUGUUUAAUUUCUUACAGGUAUAGUACGGAGUAGUAAUCGAGCAGAUCGGUUAACCGAGCUUAUUAUUUUUAGCAAUAUAAUUUGACUACAAUUUGUUCA